GGGGAUUAUCCGCGAGCUCAGCUAUGCAGCUGCAAAGACUCCUGCACUGGCUGGACUCCCUUAAGACCUUUUUGUUGCAUUUACUGUAAAGCCAGAAACCAAGGAUUGAUCUACCUUGAUCUCUGUAGACUUACAGUCCCUGGUGUCUGCUUGCCUGACCUCCACCUCACCCACUCUCACUGGGGGAGUGUUUGCAGGUGAAGAUGAACAGUGGGAUUCUCUUCUUGUCCCUCCUUGGCUUCCUCCCAUCAGUGAUACCUACGUGCCCCCUGCCAUGCAAGUGUGCCACCAACAUUAUUGACUGUAUGUCAAAGGGCCUGACUGUAACAAGACUACCAGCGGCUUUCCGGCCAUCGGCUGAAAUUAUCAACCUCAGUUACAACAGGCUCACCUCUAUUCCCAGCGGGCUCUUUGAUAACCUGAACAGCCUCCAAGCAGUGCACUUGCAGGGCAACCCCUGGGAAUGCGACUGUGACAUCCUCUACUUGCGUUCCUGGCUGCAGUGGCAGCAGAACCGGACCUUUUACAGGGAUGUGAGAUGUGCCUCCCCAGCUCACCUCCAGGGCCGGGUUGUCGCAUAUCUGACAGAAGAUGAGAUCAUCUCCACGUGCCAGUACUGGUACUGCUCUCUGGCUCUCUUCUCUCAACUCGUCCUCAUCAUCCUCCUUUUCCUCCAGGCUAUUCUGGUCAUAUUCAUCAUUAUCUACCUGCAGAGAUUUCGGAGAAUGGCUGCUGAAGCCCGGAGCACCACCCGGGAUCUAUACCAGCGUGCAGAUACCUGGUCCCUACAGGAGCAGUAAGAGUUGUAAGAGUGAGGGUCCCCCUCUGCUUUGGGUGUUGCUGUGCUGAAAUCAUGUGGGUUAUGAGACCCAGAGGGGACUAUUUAGUACAGCGUCUCACCCUGACUGCAGCCCGCAGCAGGACCUGGAACUGAUCAGACACUCGUUCUGUUUCCAGGGAGCAGAUCUUGGGCUUCUUAAUGCUUUGAACACCUCAGCACAGUCUUCAUUGCUUUGCUUUUGCUGAAUUGCUGAAAGUAGUUCUGUUUUUUUCAGCCCAAGGAAACCAUAGGCUGCAGCAAGCAGAAUGGCUGCGGCAGCUCUCGAGCUGUCGGGGAGCAGCGCUCCAUCCCUGCGUGCUGCAGUAUUUCAGCCGUGCUUUCCCUGUGCUUGUGGUUGCUUUGGGUAAGGCGGGGACAGAGGUGAGCAGCGAGCGGGAUCAUGGAGCAGCGCUCAGCCCUGGGGCCGGACUGCCUCGCUACCCCCGGCUGAGGGACCUCAGACUUUGUGCUGCCUCAGUCUUUGUCAGUACGACAGGACAGAGCGUGUGUUUCUUCCUGCCUGGUGCAUCCUUUGUAACCUUCUCCUAGGGCAGUGUUUUUAGCCUCCUGCUGGUUUUAAUAUUGACUUCAGUGUGCUCCGCGUUCCUACGGUGCGGUACAGAGCCGGCUUUGAGCCCCCGCCUGCCUGCUGCUGCUUAACGUGCCCCCGAAUUGUUUUUGUAGCGAAGCAAAAUCGGAAUAAAAUAAUGGUGAAUUGUGCUGUAA